CAAAGUUCACCUUCCCCCUUCUCCACAACAAAACAAGCUCACCACUUUACAAAUAGCCACUCCCGAAAAUGUCCGAAUACUGGAAAUCCACGCCCAGGUACUACUGCAAACAUUGCAAAAUGUACGUAACCGAUACCCCCCUCUCGCGUAAAAACCACGACGCCUCCCCCAAGCACCAAGGCAGUCUGAAGCGCUUCCUCCGCGACCUCCACCGAAACAACGAACGCGAGAAAGCUGCUGCCGAAAAUGCCAAACGGGAAGUCGCGCGCUUGAAUGCUCUCACCAGCAGUUCCUCCACCUCUGCAUCAUCAUCUUCGUCAUCCGCCACCGCUAGACCCCCACCGCCAAGACAGCCCGCAAGAGUCCUCACGGAUGCAGAAAGGAAACGUCAAAUGAACGAGCUCGAGUCUCUGGGCGUUGCGUUACCGGAUAACUACCGUGCGGAAAUGGCGCUGAUGGGAGAGUGGAAGUCGUCGACAGAGGUAGUGCCCGAUGCGCCUGAGAGGAAAAUGACAGAGAAAGAGAAAGUCCAGGAGGAGAUUCGGCAGGACAUGAAGCGGAAGUUUGAGGAGGAGGAGGCGGAACGGAAGUGGGAGGUACUAGACGAAGAUGAGAAAGCCAUAAGAAGCUUUAAGAUUGAGACUAAGUCAUAUCCUGGGAUGGAGGAUGAGGGUGAAGGGGGUAUGGAGCGGUUACUUAGGUUGAAGGGGAAAUGGAAGGAGGAGGAGGUUCGGGAAGAGCAUGAUGUUAAGCAGGAGGGAGCGGAUUCGGGAACAGGUCCCAAGAUCAAGGCUGAAGAGCCGCACUCGCCGCCAGGGAUCCAUGCCCUCGAGGGUAAUGAUGGCGCUGCGUUAGAGGUAAAGAAAGAAGAGGGCACUGGAGUGGUAUUCAAGAAGCGCAAGGUCAAAAAUAUCCGCAAGAAAUGAGAUUUUCUAUCAUUUUCUCUCCUGUUGUAAUAUCCAUGUACGAUAUUUUAAUAGUGGUUUA